ACCUUUGGACCAUGACGUGAGCACCGGGAAGCCCUUAAGAGGCGGUGCAGGGCACGGGGCACAAGCAGCCGCACACCUGCAGCCAUGACCAUCCCCAUCGCCAAGUCCUUCUAUGACCUGAGCGCCACCUCCUUGCAGGGGGAAAAAGUGGAUUUUGGUGUUUUCCGGGGCCGCGUGGUCCUGAUCGAGAACGUGGCUUCACUCUGAGGCACCACGGUGCGGGAUUACACCCAGCUCAACCAGCUCCAAGCCCGCUACCCCCGGCGGCUGGUCGUGCUGGGCUUCCCCUGUAACCAGUUUGGAUACCAGGAGAACGGCACCAACGAGGAGAUCCUCAACACCCUGAAGCACGUGCGGCCCGGGGGUGGCUUCGAGCCCAACUUCACCCUGUUCCAGAAGUGCCAGGUGAACGGGAGUGACACCCAUCCCGUGUUCGCCUACCUCAAGGCUCACCUGCCUGCACCGGCUGACGAGCCUGCACACCUGAUGGCCGAGCCCCGCUUUGUUGUCUGGAGCCCUGUGCGGCGCUCCGAUAUCUCCUGGAAUUUUGAGAAGUUCCUGGUGGGGCCUGAGGGGGAACCGUUCCGGCGCUACAGCCCCCGUGUGCCCACGGUCCAGCUCGAGCCUGACAUCCAGCGUCUCCUCAAGCUGGCCAAGUAAUCCUAGCUCGUGUGAUCCUGGCUCUGGUGUGAUCCUGGCUCUGGCAUCACUCCGGGAUGGCCCCAGCUCUCCGCAGAGUGACAGCCCCCUCUGAAACCUCCAUGGGGAGGGGGCUUGAUGGGGGCAGAGGGUUGGAGCCUCCGGGGCGGUGUGGGCUGGUGGCAAUAAAUGAGCCGCAGGGAGCGUGCCUAGA